AUGGCAGGGGGCCCUACCAGCACCAGGGAGGAGAUGGAAACGUCCCUGGCUGAAGAACUGAAUCAUGGAAGCCAAGGGCAAAACCAAGAGCACCUGGUGAUAGCAGAAGUGAUGGAGCAUGGAUCUCGGCCCCUGGGUGUCCCCCUGAAGAGGCAGAAGUUGGAACCAAAAGCUGCUGGCUCUGCUGCAGCCAAACCAGUUUGGAAUAUGACUGCCACCCGGCCCAAGAAAAUGGGGACCCAGCUGCCAAUGCCCAGAAUGCUGAGAGAAUCAGGCCAUGGGGACGCCCAUUUCCAGGAGUGUCCUGGUAGUUUCCAAGGCACACGAUUUCACCAUGAUCGCAACCCAGAGACAGGUACAGUGGCGGAGACUGGCCUGGAAGAGUUCAAUGGACUGGAGAUGGAAAUCAUCAAAAAACAGCUGUGUGCAGUCAGUGGGCGUCUGCGUGCCCUGGAGGAGCAGGAUGCCACCUGGCGUCAGAGGGAGACCCUGAUCUUCGCCUUGCUGGUGUCAGCCAGCAUUGCCAACCUGUGGCUAUGGAUGCACCAGUGA